UUGAUCUGUGUUCUAUGGUGUCAGUCGCCGCUGGGAAGUUAACGAUUAAUUCAAUUGUGUAGUUAUACGUAUUAUUUAUAUUUUACUUAUUGUACCGUAUGAGUGAAUUAAUUAUAAUUGAGUCGUGCACACCCUCCCUUUAGUAAUGGAUCAACAGGACAUCCUCCAAGUCGGGACUAGUAUUAACAUAAAACGAACCGAUGGACGAGUACAUUCUGCGAUUGUCGCCGCGGUCAAUUUUGACUUGCGUAGCGCAACGGUGGAAUGGUUCGAACAGGGCGAGACUAAAGGAAAGGAAGUUGACAUGACAGCCAUAACAUCUUUAAAUCCAGACAUUAUAAUUUUAAAGCCCGGUGAACGAUACAUCCAAGAACCUACUAUACCACAAAUCCAAACCUCUGGCAACAAAUUGCAAAGAGAUUCGUCCGGUUCUUCUGAAGAAGAAACUAGUGCCGCUAUGGCACAAUCGGGACGUUUUAGCCAUAAAUUGGACGAAAGUGACGACGAUUUUAAUAGUAAUCAAUUCUCGUCGGAAACUGCAACGCUAUCGAAUCCGACAAGGCAGGCAGUAGCUAGCGUCAAACAUAAUAAUGGGUUUAUGCGAUCAGCGCAACCAACAACCCGGAUUACUCAAAAUCAGAUAUUAACUAAUAAUGGACACACCAUGCCUUCUUCAAAUGAAUCUGUGCUCAAUAAAGAAACUAAUAUCCCGACCACUCGUACUACUAGUGUACAGAACGCACGUCGUAGUAAUGUUGUUAAGGAAGUAGAAAAAUUGAAGAAGAAUAGGGAGGAGAGAAGACAAAGGCAAGCUGAAGAAAAAGCAGAAAAAGAAGCGUUCCUCCAGUUAGCCCCAGGGAACCCCCAUUGGGAGUUGUUAAAUAUGAUAGCAGAGUAUCGACGCGGUUUGGAUAUCAAACCGUUGACCGAAAACGAUGCGAUUGAAGAUCAUUUAAUCACAGUUUGUGUCAGAAAGCGGCCUUUAAACAAGAAAGAAGUGAAUCGGAAAGAGGUUGAUGUCAUCACGAUCCCAAGCAAAAACCAACUAAUUGUUCAUGAACCUAAAAACAAAGUGGAUCUGACAAAAUAUCUUGAAAACCAAUUGUUUAGAUUCGAUUAUGCGUUUGAUGAAACAUGCUCGAAUGAAAUGGUUUACAGGUAUACAGCUCAGCCACUGAUCAAAACCAUUUUUGAAGGUGGUUUUGCCACUUGUUUCGCGUAUGGUCAAACAGGUUCGGGCAAGACCCACACAAUGGGCGGCGAUUUUAACGGAAAAAGUCAAGACUGUCACAAAGGCAUUUACGCAAUGGCAUCAGCUGACGUUUUUCGACUUGCCAAUUCGCCGAAAUAUCGUCAUUUGGAUCUCGUCGUUUCCUCAAGCUUUUUUGAGAUCUAUUCAGGGAAAGUUUUCGAUCUAUUGAACAAUAAAGCCAAAUUACGAAUACUUGAAGACGGAAAACAACAAGUCCAAGUUGUAGGACUUACUGAAAAGGUCGUUUGUUCCGUUGAUGAAGUUUUAAAGUUGAUACAGAAGGGGAACCAAGCGCGCACAUCAGGCCAAACUUUCGCCAAUUCGAAUUCAUCACGAUCUCAUGCCGUCUUUCAGAUUUAUUUGAGAUCCAAUAAUAACAUGCAUAAAAUUCAUGGGAAGUUUUCACUGAUUGAUUUGGCCGGGAAUGAGAGGGGGGCAGACACGUCGUCGGCAAACAGGCAAACAAGAAUGGAAGGUGCUGAAAUUAAUAAGUCGCUCCUCGCCUUGAAGGAAUGCAUCAGAGCUUUAGGUCGAAAGGGUGCUCAUUUACCGUUUAGAGUUAGUAAACUGACCCAAGUGCUUCGAGACUCAUUCGUCGGUUCAAAUUCACGUACUUGCAUGAUAGCGAUGGUGUCGCCUGGAGUGAAUUCAUGUGAACACACUUUGAACACAUUACGAUACGCUGAUCGUGUCAAAGAACUCGGAGGUGGCGAUCUUCAAACUAAUACGCUUUCAGAUGAACAGCAAGGAGACGGCGAUUUGAUGCAGCUACGGUCAUUGAAUGAAAACGACAUGACACCUGAAAUGUUGAAUUUUCAUCAAGUCAUAUCGGAGUUGGAAGUUGCCGAAGAAAAUAUGUUGGAUAAUCAUAAACAAACAACGGAUGAUUUAUUAGCAACGUAUGAAAAAGCCGUAAGCCUGCUUAGAAUGACCGAUGAAGUUACUUAUGAUCAAGAAGCAUAUUGUAAGAAUUGGGAAGAACUAAUAAACAACACUUUGGCUUACUUGGUGAGGUCACAGGAGAUAGUAGCAGAUUAUAAAGCGAAAAUGUCAGCUGAAGAACAACUAAGUCGUAAAACUAAGAGAAAGUAAUCACAAUUAAAUCUUGUAUAGAAAUUCCUCUUUAACCCCCUCUAUUAUUUCUGAUUGAGACCUCCCAGUGUAAGAUUCAUAGUAUUAAUGCUGAGAAUCUUUAUCAGAAAUAAUAGGUAUAGUAUAAGACUAGUUUUGUUUAUUUAUCAUGUUUAAACUAUUUAAAUUUACAAAAAAAAGAACUGCACGCUUUGGAAACGAUUUUUUACUCUUAAGCUGUUGUUGUUUUCUCGUUUUAUGAUACUAAUUUUUGUAUUUAUUACCUUUUUUUAUUUUUGCAAUUAAUUUAUUUGUAGGCCUCUUAAUAGGUGGGACGUGGCCGUAACUUAUGCUUUAAUAAUUUAAACUAAUUCGACUUAAAUGUCCAUAGCCCGCAUUUCAUUAAUUUACAAUCAUUAAUUUAUAUUAAAUAUUAGGCUGUGCUAUAUACAUUUUACAACAAAUGCAGGCUAUCACUUCACUUUGUUUCACUACAUUUAGUGCUUUAGUAAAGUUAAAAAAAGUCAUUAAGGUGCAUAAUUUAAGAGGCCUUUAUGAGUGUAUUGUAUAUUGUUAUUUGAAGGUUAAGAUGUUUUUCUUUUAACUUUGUACCUUUUAAAAAUUCUUUUACUUGUUUGUGAAGCCUUCAAAUGUAAAUGUUAUUAAUUCAUUUGUAUUUCAUAAAAUUGAAGAUUAAGUUUGAAAAAAAUCGCAGUGCGUUUGCUUUAAAAUUUAUAAAAAUACAUAACAAGCUUGAACAUUCAUUAUAAUUACUGUAAUAAAACUACUGCAUUAUUACAAAUCGUUUGAUUGCAAA